AUGAAAAUCAAAGCAAUUCUUUUAUUCGUAUUAAUUGUAUUACAAAUACUAAUUGGAAAUAAGGCAGACGACAAUGUCGUUGCCUCCACCGUCAGUACCCUCCUCAAGAACGACACCACAACGGCCACCAAUGACGACACAGCCAUCCCCGAAAACACCACUAUCAUCUCCGACGACGACACCACUACCACUGAAGAAUAUUAUAAUCCCUAUGAAGACGAACAACAACUGUUUCUGUGGAGUGAUUUAUUUCUAAAAGUGAAUGACCUAUUGGUGGAGUCGAAGAACAUGAACAGUGAAACGAAGAAAAUGUACAACGAAACGAAGGAAAUGCACAGCGAAAUGAAUAAACUAAACACCAAUCUGUUGGAUGUGACUCAGAAAAUUGAUGAUUUGACCAAAAGGCAAGGGGAACUGGAAGGGAACGUGGCAAAAAUAGUGGAGCAACAAAUGUCAUCGAUGAAUGUCACCCUGAUGGAGAGGCAAGAGGAACUGGAAGGGAACAUGGCAAAAAUAGUAGAGCAACAAAUGUCAUCGAUGAAUGUCACCUUGAUGGAGAGGCAAGAGGAACUGGAAGGGAACGUGGCAAAAAUAGUGGAGCAACAAAUGUCAUCGAUGAAUGUCACCUUGAUGGAGAGGCAAGAGGAACAGGAAGGGAACGUGGCAAAAAUAGUGCAGCAACAAAUGUCAUCGAUGAAUGUCACCUUGAUGGAGAGAAUUGAUGAUUUAACCCAAAGAAAACAUAUUGAGACUUUACGAAAUUGGACAACAAUUGUCAGGCGCAUGAACGGCUAUGUCAAUUUUACCAGGAACUGGCGAGCCUAUAAAGAGGGUUUCGGUAAUCCACCUCACGGCGAAUUCUUCAUUGGCCUAGAUAAAUUGCAUGAAUUGACGACAGCCGUUCCAAACAUCGAACUUAAAGUGAUUUUAAGAGAUUCGUAUGGUGUGGAACGUUACGCCCUCUAUGAUGGCUUUAACAUCGGAAAUGAAGCCGAGAAAUAUCAACUCAAGGUACUGGGCAAAUACAGUGGCACUGCUGGUGAUUCCUUGGAAUAUCAGAAAGGUAUGAAGUUUUCUACCUUCGAUGAGGAUAAUGAUAAAAUAGAUUAUGACGACAACAUCGUUGCCUCAACCGUCAGUACCCUCCUCAAGAACGACACCACUAUGGUCUCCAAAGACGACACAACCAUUCCCGAAAAUACCACUAUCAUCUCCGACGAAGACACCACUACCUCUGAAGAAUAUUAUAAUCCCUAUGAAGACGAAUAUCAACUGCUUCUGUGGAAGAAUUUAUUUCUAAAGGUGAAUGACCUACUGGUGGAGUCGAAGAACAUGAACAAUGAAACGAUGGAAAUGCACAGCGAAACGAAGGAAAUGCACAGCGAAAUGACUAGAAUGAAUAGCGAAAUCAAUAAACUAAACUCCAAUCGGUUGGAUGUGACUCAAAAAAUUGAUGAAUUGGCCAAAAGGCAAGAGGAACUGGAAGGUAACAUGGCAAACAUAGCGCAGCAAAUAUCAUCGAUGAAAGUCACCCUGAUGGAGAGACAACGACAACAAGAAAUCGAUGUGAAGAAUAUACUACAGAUCGUUUCGAAUGUGAGUGCCACCAUGAACGAGGAGGUCAGGAGGAGAAAAAACCUUGACACUUUACGAAAUUGGACAACAAUUGCCAGACGCAUGGACGGCUCUGUCGAUUUUUACCGUGGUUGGAAUGAGUAUAAAGUUGGUUUCGGUAAUCCACCUCACAUCGAAUUCUUUAUUGGCCUAGACAGAUUGCAUGAAUUGACGACAGCCGUUCCAAACAUCGAACUUAAAGUGAUUUUAAGAGAUUGGGAGGGUGAGGAACGUUAUGCACUCUAUGAUGGCUUCCAAAUCGGAAAUGAAGCCGAGAAAUAUGAACUCAAGGUACUAGGCAAAUACAGUGGCACUGCUGGUGAUUCCUUAGCAUAUCACAAAGGUAUGAAGUUUACUACGUUCGAUGAGGAUAAUGAUAACGCAAAUAGUAAUUGUGCCAAGGUUUGGAAAGGGGCUUGGUGGUUCGGUAACUGUUCGUACAGUCGUCUAUUUGGACCAUAUAGAAAAGGAGAGAAUAUAAAUUCAGAUGGCAUUGCAUGGUUUCAUUGGAAAAAUACUUAUCAAUAUUCAUUUAAAUAUGUCGAAAUGCUCAUUAGAGCAAAACCGGCAUAA